GGCUGAAGAGGCGCCACAUCCGGCCGCUGUCCCACUGUGCAUAAAGCCACCGCUGUCGCUAUUGCUGCCGUUGUGGGCGUAGAGCAGCAGCUCUGGCCUCUUCUUCGCUGCGAGAGCAGCUGCUCCAAUGCCCCAGGGCGGCCAUGAGCGCCCCACACUGGUGGGACCAGCUGCGGGCUGGCAGCUCGGAGGUGGACUGGUGCGAGGACAACUACACCAUCGUGCCUGCGAUCGCUGAGUUCUACAACACGAUCAGCAAUGUCUUGUUUUUUGUCUUACCGCCCAUCUGCAUGUGCCUGUUUCGUCAGUAUGCAACGUGCUUCAACAGUGGCAUCUACCUGAUAUGGACUCUCUUAGUUGUAGUGGGAAUUGGAUCCGUCUACUUCCACGCGACUCUGAGUUUCCUGGGGCAGAUGCUUGAUGAACUUGCCAUCCUUUGGGUUCUGAUGUGUGCUCUGGCCAUGUGGUUCCCUAGAAGGUAUCUACCAAAGAUCUUUCGGAAUGAUAGGGGAAGGUUCAAGGCUGUGGUCUGCGUCCUUUCCGCAGUUACAACAUGUCUGGCGUUUGUCAAGCCCGCCAUCAACAACAUCUCUCUGAUGACACUGGGGGUUCCUUGCACUGCGCUGCUCAUCGCGGAGCUGAAGAGGUGUGACAACGUGCGUGUCAUUAAGCUGGGCCUCUUCUCGGGCCUCUGGUGGACCCUCGCCCUCUUCUGCUGGAUCAGUGACCGAGCGUUCUGCGAGCUGCUGUCGUCCUUCCACUUUCCCUACCUGCACUGUGUGUGGCACAUCCUCAUCUGCCUGGCCGCCUACCUGGGCUGCGUGUGCUUCGCCUACUUUGAUGCUGCUUCCGAGAUCCCCGAGCAAGGUCCAGUCAUCAGGUUCUGGCCCAGCGAGAAAUGGGCCUUCAUCGGUGUGCCCUAUGUGUCCCUCCUCUGCGCCACCAAGAAAUCUGCAGUCAAGAUCACCUGAUGGAAAGGCGGGCUUCUCUGCUCAGGUGUUCUGGUCCCCGGGCUUCCAGCCGGCAAAGACAGCCCUGGGUUCUCAGAGUUGGGGGUGGGUCUUUUUUUUUUUCUUUUAAAUGUAGUUCCCUUGGCUCUCACUAACUGUCUAUUACCCGGACUCCACUGUCCCCAAGAUUGGAAAGUGGAGGGCUGAGAGCACUGCGUCAGCGUGACUUUUAGAGGCCGUGGCUUGUUGGGCUGUGUCCUUUGUGGUGAUGGGGGGCUCGGUGCUGCGUAGAACCUCGCUUCCUGGAGAGUUUGCCGGGUCCAGAUCCCACCGUUCCUGGGGACAACAAUCCUGUGACAGAUUGCACCCUCCAACGGUCUGAUGGAAGAUGCCAGAUUUUCAUUUGGGAAACCCAUCUUAAAACAAUAACCAGACAAAUGAAACGUGCACAAGGCUUGUGGCUUCGGAAGCUGGUUUUGUGCUGCGCUUGCAGCUCCCAAUCACCCAGGGUUGACGUGGCUUUGUGUAUCCUUUCACUUCUACCUCUGCUGAGAGAUGGAGACUUGACUUUGGAGGAGGGUAAACAAGAAAACCCCUCUAUGCCAAAAACUACUCUCCACUUUAAGCCAUUCUUGAAGAUGACAGUUUUUAAAUGUUGACCUUGCUUGUCCUCCACCCCAGCCCAGUAGCCUCAGACGCAUAGAGGAACAGCUGCGGUCCCUACACAGAUGCCUCUUUUCUCCUCUGCUCGACCUCUGUAACAUGCCAAAGGGCUUGUAGCAAUGGUGAUGUUGGGGCCGGGGGUGGUCCCAGCUCAAAAUUUGGAACAAACAUGAAGUUUUGGAAACCUGUGUUCAUUGGAAACCUCUUGUAUGCUGUCUGGAAAUUAUGCUCAUGAAUCUCCCCAUCCCUUCUCUAAUUUUUGCUGUGGGAAUUACACUCCAUCCUCUCACAGCGUGAGGUGCUUCCUGUAGUUUCUCAGAGCAUUUGGUCACUCUUCUUAAGUGCUGGCAAUAGCUACACUCUGGCUGCUUGGGACCUUGGCUGGUGCAGCAGGGUGCACCUUUUGCCUUCUGAGUUUUUCUCACCUAAGUUGACACGGGCUGCAAUUCAAUCUGCUCUUCACUGGGAUGGAUGGAAGACUCCAAACUCCCUCUAAGGUUUGAGGUGGGAAUGCAGGACCUCAGGGAUACUCGUGUUAACUCAGGCACUUCCUGCUUUGCAAUGUCCCAUUGUGAGAAAGGGCAGGCCGGCGUCCUUGUGUGGACAGGAAGCAUGCCACUGUCCAUAUCUGAGAGCUGGGCAGCAGCUGUUUUUGGCAUCUCCAGGAACUCUUCCUCUGGCCAGAAUUUGCACAGGAUCUAAAGUGAAAAACCCAUUAAAGAACUGAAUUCGGAGUUUAAAAAUGAAUGACUUGAUCCUAUUUCUGUGGUUUUCAAAUUAUUUUAGCAGCAGAAGCCUGUUUGUAGUAAGAAAUCUUUAUGGAACCCUAAUGUGUGAGAUAGGUUGUAUUUAUUAGCUUAAAUUUAUUUUAAGGUUAAACUUAUAGCAUUUCCUUAAAUUAUAUCAGGCAGUGACAUGCAAAUUAACAAUUUGCUGUUUUUCCAGGUAGAAACAUUUGGUAUUGAAUGAGUGUACCUGUUGCUAUAUUAUAGUGUAAAAAUAUUUUUUAAAAUGAUAUUUGAAUUGAAUAUUUCAGGGACCUCUAAUAUACCUCCUUGAGACCUAGGUGGUUCAUGAAACAGAAAUAGAAAACUGCUAAGUCCUUUGGGUUUCAAGUCUAGAAUUUUUAAAAGGGGAAUAUCAGACCGUUGUCUCUUCAGGUUGAUUUAGCAGGUAUGGAUUCUGGUUUCAUUCAUUCUGCAGAAUAAAAUGCUGUCAGUUAGGGGUUUGAUGUAUGUUAAGCCCAGCUGCCUUAGUGUGGAAGCACAGAUAAGGAGAAGCAGAGAGGAGAGUAGAUGUUAUCAGUGUGUGUGCCAGGUGUAACUUCUGUCUCGAGGGUUCCUCAGCUAGGGGAGCAUCGUCCCCACAGUCUAGGAUGGACCAUUUCCUGCUGUCAGAUGCAGGACCUGUUCUUUGGGGAACACUACCUUCCAUUCCCAAGUCUUCGACCUUCUGGAAGUUUCUGGGUGUCCUUUGGAAACAGGGAUAAAAUGUGACUGCUGGGAGUAAGGAAGCGUGUGCCCUGCCUCUCUGGGCGAUUUCCGUCUCUACCACAGACAAAUGACUGAGUUCACAUGUCAGAAGGAAUGCUUUUGAUGUGAAGAACACAAUGUCCUACUAGAAAUUGGCUUUAAUGAGAUGAGGGCUGAGAAAGGGGCGUGGAGUGGGGAAUAUUGUGGAAGACAAAACAUAAUUCUUCUGAACAGCAGUCACUAUAGCUUGCCAGUGUGGGAUGGCAAGUCACGAGAGCAGGAAUACACUGAUCUUGUUUUAAGUCAUUCAUAUUUAUGGUUUUAUAUAUAUUUAUAAUCUUUUAUAGCACUACAUGCUCUUUUGAAGAAAAUUGGGAUACUGUAAAAAAGUUGAAGUAAUCUAUUUCUACAGCUCAAACACAACCAUUGGCAAUAUUUUGAUAUAUUUCCUUCUUUUUUUCCCUGUGACAGUUGUGAAUAUCUUUUAGAGCUGACGGUUUACCCUGUAGUUUGACUGGAAUUUAAGUGCCAGCUGUGUAUUUUUCACGAGGAGCAGGUUUGAAGGGCACUGGGGUCACCUGGACACUUGAGAGCUCGCCACUGGAUGUGGGACUGACCGCCAAGUCUUCUCCAGUCGUCUGGUCUGGUCUGGUGUGAACGGGCCUUAGAAAGAGUGGGCUGAAUUCUGCUUUUCCAUGUGCUUCUGCACUCGGACUGACAAGUAAUAGGAAAUACUUGUUAAAUAUAUACCUCUACAGGUUUUAGUGUUUCCUGAUUUAAAAUAAGUGAAGGGCUCAUUUCAUUAAUGUGCAAUCAAGAAUCUCCCCCCUCCCCCCCGUUAAGGCAGGGAAGAGGAGAUUUGACAUUGGCAGUUUGGUCAUGCCAGUCACUCAGCAUGGCUGUCAGAUUUUUGUUCUGGUUAGAAUUUGCCCAAAAUCAAUAUCCAGAAGGAACUGGAAUUAGCAUAACGAAAAACAACGUUACCAAUGAAGUCAAUGAUUCUUGUUUAAUACUGUUCAAUUGAUUGUUGAUUUUCAGAAAAAGAAAUCUUUGCUCCUCUUUAUGAAUGUAGUACUAUUUAUUAUAAGACGUACUUCAGUGAACAUAUUUAAGACGUGUGGGGUGCAGAUGCCUGAGUCUCUUGCUAACAAGCUCCGUUCUGGGGGAACUCUGAGCCUGUCCCUCUGAAGAGCGCCUAAAACGUUACUACACAUCACAGAGGCUCUGCUGGGGGACUAAAAGCCCAAUGGCAUCAGACACGGCUGUGUGAAAACACCGUCCCCUGUUCUGUGCAUUGGGUUUCCUAGGUGUGUAAAAGCUUCUCUCACCUUGUCAUCCUGCCAAUGCUGGCUCGGAGGCUCCAGGACCGGGUGUGCGCCCUCCCUGGCUCCUCGGCCCUGGGGGCUGACGUGGAGCCGCCUGUGAGGGGCAGGUGAGGGCUGAAGCUUGCCUAGCCAGAGCCCCUCUCAGAGCUCCUUUUCUCCAAAAGGCCUUGGAACCUUUCACAGCCAGCUCUUUGCUUGGGUGCUGCCAUCCCAGUUGCCCGAAGGGAAGCCUCAGGCCAGGUUGGCAGCCUCUGGGGAUUUUAUAGAUUUUAUAGACAUCAUUCUUCUACAGACUGUUUUUUUUAAUGGCCCCUACUCUAAGGGACUACUUGUUUGAGUUAUAGAAAGCUCUAAAUAUUAAACCAGAUUUAAGAGUAUUUUAUAAGCACAAUAUACAACUAUAGCAAAUAGAGCGUUUUCUGAUACAUUCCUUCUUCUGCACUCUGGGUGUGGGGUGUGGGGUGUAAUGGCGGUGUGUCUACUGGCUGUGGGAGCGUUUCAUCUCCAUUGCUUUGGGAGUAGUUUACAGCCUUUUGAAAUGGAGCUUUUUGCACUUUAUGCUCUUUCUGUGAACCAUAACAGCUAUGUUUGAUAUUAAAGCCAUAAAGGCAUUUUCUGUGAA